AGAGUGGCUUUCGUCAAAAUGUCCAUCGAGGGUAUUCAUGAUGCGCCAGGCAAGACUGCUAAUGUGGGCGCUUAUGGCGUGCAUGAGAACGUGCAACAUGGCGAUUUUGUCACCGAAAAUGAAGAGAGGGAUCUGAGACGUGGGUUGGGUCAAAGGCAUAUCCAGAUGAUUGCUCUUGCUGGCGCUAUCGGCACUGGACUCUUCUUGGGACUUGGAUCAUCUCUACAGACCGGUGGACCUCUGGGUGCUUUGCUUGGAUAUGCUUUCGUCGGCCUCAUCGUCUGUGCUGUGCAAUUUGCCCUUGGAGAGGUCACUGCUUUACUGCCGGUUACUGGAUCUUUUGUCCGCCAUGCAGAGUUUCUUGUCGAUCCUGCACUGGGCUUUGCCAUAGGAUGGAAUAUCGUCUACGGAAAUUGGCUGUCGAUUCCUUCGGAGAUCUCGGCCAUUUGUGUGCUCUUUCAAUACUGGACAGAUAUCAACUCGUCCCUCUGGAUUGUCAUUUUCAUCAUUCUGACCUUUGUGGUUGGCAUUGCAUUUGUCGGCAUUUACGGCGAGGUGGAAUUCUGCUUUGCACUUUUGAAAAUAGCCCUGGUCGUUGGACUGAUCAUCUUGGGUCUUUGUAUCGAUCUCGGCGGCGUGCCUGGAGUCUCUCGCAUUGGCUUCAGAUACUGGACUCACCCUGGUCCUUUUGUCGAACACAUUGCUACUGGAGCGUGGGGAAAUUUUCUCGGUUUUUGGAGUGUCAUGAUAAAUGCGGUUUUCUCUUUUGCUGGUGUCGAAUCCAUCGCCAUGGCUGCGGCUGAGACGAGAAACCCGCGCCAAAAUAUCCCGAAAGCGUGUAAAAGGGUCUUUGCACGUGUAUCGCUGUUCUACGUUGCCACGGUAUUGAUCGUGGGUAUGUUGGUGUCUAGCGACGACCCACGUCUCGAAGAUGAAAGUGGCACUGCAGCACAAAGUCCCUUUGUGAUUGCUGCUUCUGCGGCAGGCAUCAAGGCUAUCCCUUCCAUCGUGAACGCAGUGGUUAUCACGUCCGCGUGGUCAUCUUCGAAUCAAGCUCUUCUGGCUGGAACACGUGUGCUCUAUUCAUUGGCGUUGAAGAAACAGGCGCCUGCUAUCUUCUUACGCACCACCGCUUGGGGUGUACCCUACAUGUGUGUCCUCUUACAGACUCUGUUCAUGUUCCUAGCCUUCAUGAGUUUGUCUUCCGGAGCUCUCACCGUCUUCUGGUGGCUCGUUGAUCUGACCGCGUGUGGUGUUCUAAUAUCUUGGACUUGUAUCUUGACAUCGCACCUGAGGCUGAUGGCGGCGAUGCGCAAGCAGGGGAUUGAGCGGACGGAGUUGCCAUGGCACAACAAGUGGACCCCUUACAGUUCUGCUGUUGCGCUGACAGCAUGUCUGUUGAUUUUGCUAACCAACGGUUUUGCUGUGUUUACGCGAGGGGCUGGAGUGUCUCGGGUUUCGUUUCGGCAUACCUGUAGUGAUAUCCCUCUGAUCCUUAUCGCCUACCUCGGAUGGAAGUAUCUCAAGGGAACAAAGAUUGUCGCACUCGAAAAUAUUCCCAUCAGAGCUGCCUUAGAUGAGAUCAGGGAUAAUCCUGAGACGCCCGAGCCGGUGCGGGAGGGUUGGAAAGGUGUUGUGAUGAAGAUGCUUUGGGAGUAA